AUGGCCGCUCCUACCUCCAUGACCUCUCGCGACCUCAGUGGCAAGUUCAUCCUCAACAAGGAACUCUCUAAGCGCAACAAGGACAUCCUCGACGAGCACAAUGUCGCCGAGCACAUGCGCAACGCGCUCGCCAACUACGUCCCGCACCUCACCAUCCGCCACCGCUUCGGCGCCGAGGAGAUCGUCGACAUCUCCCGCCCCGGCCCCGACGGCCAGCUCAUCAACGAGCACCGACUCGUCGACGCGGCCGCGCCGCCCCUGCCGGCCGUCGUCUACGGCCGCGAGGUGAUGCUCGCCACCAGGCGCGUCGUGGUCGGCGACCUUGAGUUCCCGAACCUCGGCGCCGCGGGCUGGCUCGACGAGUCGUUCGUCGACGGCAAGAUCCUUUACACCACCGCGGUGGGCACCAAGGACGGUGCCGAGUGGCGCAUGGCGCAGACCUGGGGCUUUGAGAACAUCAAGGGCGAGAAGAGGCACACACGCCGCGUCCACGUCGUGACUCCUCAGGGCCAGGUCAUCGAGGGCCGCCUCGUCUACGACUACGAGGGAUCCUUGCCAACGUUCGCCAACGACAAGACCGCUAUCUUUGUCGGCGCCGACGGCACGCACUCGCGUGUCCGCCCACUCGUCUCGUCCGCCCGCGCUGCGUAUAUCGAGGUCAUCAAGCCCGACUUUCGCUCGCGCGGGCGAAUGUGA